UUAUCAUUUAUUUAUUGGAAUAAAAGGAAUCAGAACUGUUCUCUUCUUCAAAGUAGUACUUCUUCUUCUUCUGUACUCAUUUUGCAUUCAAUGGAUUUCCAAGCUUUGUACUCAUCGAUGCUGAUUCAUUGAUCGAUCUCAAAGAUUUCUUCAGGAGGAAAAUGCUGUUUGGUAUUUCUUUGUUGUAGAAGCUGAGUGAGUGAGUGAUUGAUUAUGAGGAAAAGUUCUUUAGCUUCUCGGAAUUUAGGAACUUAUACUAGCCCUGGAACACCUGAUUACCAGGAAAAUGGUGGUGGAGGAGGAGGAAUUCCAAGGGGAUGGUGCUCAGAAAGAGUGCCUCUCCCAACAAAUAGUGGAAGAAGGCAUACUAGUCUCUCUGCUUUGAUGCCUCUUAGUAGUGGAAGGACAUUGCCUUCAAAAUGGGAUGAUGCUGAAAGAUGGAUUACUAGUCCAGUAUCUGGGUUUGUUGGUGUUGGAAAAGUCUUGCCUGCGCAGACUCAAAGACGACCCAAGUCAAAAAGUGGUCCACUUGGUGAUCAAGGGAAUGAGGGAUUCUCGAGCUAUUCUCCAGCCUUACCUGUUCUACAAAAUGGGAAUGUGAGGGAUUUUAUGGUGGGAUCUCCAUUUUCAACUGGUGUUCUUGUAGCUGAUGGUAUGUCAAUUCACUAUAGUGAUCGGCAUGGUACUGGUGUUUACUGUAACCCACUCCAUAGUACAAAUAAUGUGGCAAGAAUAGCUAGUUGUCAUCCUGGGUGGUCUGAUCUGUUGAGUGAAGCUUCCCUGCCUAGUUCACAAGAUGAGAAGAUAGAUGGAAUCACCAAGGAUGAUGAAAUGUUGGUUUCACGUGUUGUUUCCAGGCGUGAUAUGGCAACACAAAUGAGCCCCGGCAGUACCACCCCCUCAUCCCCUAAAGGAAGGUUGUCAUCUUUUACAUCCCCUCCAACCAUCCUGUCCAUUGACAUGCCACAUCAUCGCGAUCCUUCACCCAAAGUUGAAAUCAGAGAUGUUCAGGUUGAUAAAAGAGCCAACAUGACAAAACAGUCCAAAAAAAUCACAUCUAGAAGGACCAACAGAGUACCUACAAGUGAAGUUAAUGACUUCACUCCAUCCUGGGAAAUUGCUGAAACAGAAAAGCAAUUGUCAAGCAGAUUGCAAAGAGAGGAAACAAAGAUCACUGCAUGGGAGAAUUUGCAGAAGGCGAAAGCAGAAGCUGCUAUCAGAAAGCUUGAGAUGAAGCUGGAAAAGAAGAGAUCAGCAACAAUGGAUAAGAUCUUAAACAAACUGAGAAGCGCACAGAUGGAAGCGGAGGAGAUGAGAAGUUCUGCAUCUGGCAGUUACAUUUCUCAGUCGCCUAGGAGUACACCCCCACCACCACCACCAGCAUCUAAGAAGAGUCUGUUUAGGAGGCAUGUGAAGGUGAGUGGAUUGGGCGGUUGCUUUGCUUGUCAUGCGCUUUGAUCCCCUCAGAAUCAUCUCUAGAUCCAUCAGGUUUGAUGAGUGAUUGUUAUAGUGUUUGUUGUUGUAUAUUUUCCACAUUCGGAAUGAAGAAGUAGGACAUCCAACAAGUCUAUGGAAGGAAGGAAGAUGAAUCUGAAUGAAUCCAAACCACCGUUUUAUUAGAAAGCUUUUCAAAGACAUAAUAUUUUAGAUGCUUUUUUUCUUUCUUUUAAAUUUUGG